AUGUCAACUUUGGCCGUUCCGCUAGAGCCCACUCCACAACCGCAGGUCACGCAACGCAAAUCGACGAAAAAGGGCGGCUACACGCGACAGCGCCGCGGCUGCUUGACCUGUCGCCAGCGCAAGAAGAAGUGCGACCAGGGUUUGCCCAUAUGCGGGCACUGCUCACGACUUAACCUUGUUUGCAAGCAUGAGAAGCCCCGGCAGCUGUCAAGUGCCUGGAGUGAGGAUGCUGCGGGGGAGGAUUCUGGGGAUUCCCAGGCACAACCGGACUGGGCCUCUCAACGCUCUAUUAUUUUACAGAGCGAUCACAUCUCCGAAGUGUUGAGGCUGACCAAGAUUUCUGAGCCUCUGGAUCUUGUGCGUCUUGACAGCCCGGUUGGUUAUGAUUGGAGCUCCAGUCGAAGAGCCAUGAUGCGGUAUUACACUUCCACUCUCGCUAUCAUGCUAUCCGCAACCGCAGAAAACAACUGUUUCUUAUCCGUGGACCUAGUCUUAUUGCCAAUGGCAUUCGAUUGUCCUGCCCUCCUUGAUGCAAUGGCUGCAUGGUCAUCGGCCCACCUUGCCCUUCGAGACCCCAAUUUUCACGAUGCAUCUCUGCAGUAUCGUGGGCGGGUGCUAUCCAACCUUAGCGCUGCCCUUCAUGAAGGUAGUCUUAAUGGGGAAAUGUGUCUAGCUGUAGCUAUGGCCAUGUGCUCAAUGGAGACUAUUUCAGACGCAACCAGCAGUAGUUGGGCACACCAUCUGGCAGGUGCCGCAGCGGCUUUGCAGUCCAAGGGUUCCGAUAUGCAAGUAGGCCCGCUACAAUCGUCGCGGUCUGUUUUGAGCGACUACUGGCUAAAGUCGGUUGAAAGAAGGUGGCUCGUGAGGAACUUUGCCUAUCAUGACAUCCUGAUGAGCGUUUCACUGGACAGGAGGCCACUGAUUACGGGCGAUUAUUGGAUGUCUGCAGACGAUGCCAUGGCGGAUCCCUACUUUGCUUUUGCGUCCAAGAUUAUGCUAUUGAUAUCUGAAAUUAGUGUUUUGAACGCUGAUUGCGCGGAAUACAAGGCGUCCGUUGGCGGUGACUUGACUUUAAAAGAAGUCGAGUUUGCCCUCAUCUUCGAAAAACUACGCUUGGAUUGCAACUACCAUGCACCACUUCAACGAGCUCACAAUAUCGCUAUUGGACUUCGAGAAUGGAAAUGUCCAGCCUUUUCCGCCAACACGCCGCUUGCUUUCCUUAGCGAAACAUAUCGAAGUGCAAGCCUUAUAUACCUCGAUCGUGUCGUACGCCAAUACUUCCCACAGCGUGCAGCUGAGAUACUACCAGAAGGCAUCUCGGUAUAUGUUGAGUCGGUAUGCGACAUUGCGCAAAAAGUACCAGAGGGAUCUCUGGCCGAGUGUUCGUUGCUUUUCCCUCUUUUUAUUGCUGGUGGGGAGGCAGAGGAUGUAAGGCAUAUCGAGUGCAUUAGGAGCAGACUUUGCACCAUGAACAAAUGGAGGCAAUUUAGGAAUGUUAAUGCUUGUAGGGAGGUCUUGGAAGAUGUUUGGAAGAAGAGGGAUGAAUCCAGUGAGACAGAAAGGGUCGAUUGGAGGGAUAUCGUUCGACAACGGGGCUGGCAGCUCGCACUGUCGUAA